AUGCGAGAAGCUCUGCGGCAUCAUUGUCCACACCUCCCUACCAAGAUUUAUGACAAAACAGAGAAACCGUGUCUUCUCUCCGAAUAUACCGAGAACUACCCUGUCUAUCACUCUUACCUGCCCAGAGAGUCCUUCAAGCCCAAGAUGGAUUACCAGAGAGCGUGCACGCCGAUGGAAGGCCUGACCACAUCGAGGAGAGACUUUGGGCCUCACAAAGUGUUACCAGUGAAGAUCCACCAGCCCAACCCGUUCAUCCCAAGUGAAGAGAACAUGGAUCUGCAGACCACGUAUAAACAAGAUUACAACCCUUACCCCCUCUGUCGAGUGGAUCCCAUCAAACCUCGGGACAGUAAAUACCCUUGUGGGGACAAGAUGGAGAGCCUGCCUACUUACAAAGCUGACUAUUUACCCUGGAACCAACCAAGACGAGAGCUGCUUCGUCCACCUCACCACUACCGGCCGGCAUCAACCAAGUUUGAUAGUCGCACCACACAGCAGGACGACUAUUCCAUGAAGGGCCUGGUGAACACCAGGAGCUGUAAGCCUCCAGCUGUGCCCAAGCUCUGUAACAUCCCCCUGGAGGAUCUGACAAACUACAAGAUGAGCUAUGUGCCCCACCCCUUGGAGAAGCGCUUUGUGCAUGAGUCAGAGAAGUUCAGACCCUGUGAAAUCCCCUUUGAAAGCCUCACCACCCACAAAGAGUCAUACCGGGGUCUGAUGGGGGAGCCAGCCAAGAGCUUGAAACCUGCCAGGCCUUGUGGGCUCGACACGCCAUUUUCCAACACCACUGAGUUUCGAGAUAAGUACCAAGCCUGGCCGACGCCCCAGGUGUUCUCCAAACCUCCUGCCAUGUAUGUCCCUCCUGAAGAGAAGAUGGACCUUUUGACAACUGUGCAAGCCCACUACACGUACCCUAAGGGUGCCCCAGCUGAGUCCUGCCGACCUGUGCUCUCGGUCAAGAAGGGUGGCCGCUUUGAAGGCUCCACCACGACCAAAGAGGACUACAAGCAGUGGGCCAGCACGCGGACAGAGCCAGUCAAGCCCAUCCCCCAGCUGAACCUUCCCACUGAGCCCUUGGACUGCCUGACCACCACACGAACCCACUAUGUGCCCCACCUGCCCAUGAUGACCAAAAGCUGCAAGCCCGUCUGGUCUGGGCCCCGAGGAAAUAUCCCUGUGGAGGGCCAGACCACAUACACCAUCAGCUUUACUCCUAAGGAAAUGAGUAGGUGCCUGGCUUCAUACCCUGAGCCUCCUGGCUACAUCUUUGAGGAAAUAGAUGCUUUGGGGCACAGAAUAUACCGGCCCGUUUCUCAGACAGGCUCUCGGCGGAGCAGCCGUUUUUCUGUAGGUGAUUCAGAAAAUCCCAACCAGCAGGAGUUGACAGUGUCAGCCUGA